CCUGAAGGAACAGUCAUGGCGGAGGCGGCGUGUGCGACCGUUUCCAGCCUCUGCCGAGCUCCCGAGUAUGAGCUGGCCGGCGUGAACUCGAAACUUUUCCAAGUCGGCUCUUUCGGCAGCCUGUGGCGGAAGCAGCUGGACGGGGCGUACCUGGGGUUGGAGGAAGAGGGCGAGGAGGAGGUGGUCGGGCAGCAGCUGGUAACGCAGCUGGGCCUCCCCUCAGACAUGGUGGAGGAGCUGCAGCUGGUGUGCGGUGUUGAUACAUUGAAAUGCACAGAACAGGACACCAGUACAGAUGUCAUCCCAGAAGAUACAGACCUUGUCACGUUAGAAAUACGAAGAAAAGUCAUUAAAAAGAGAAAGGAACGUUUGACAUAUGAUCGUGCCUGUAGGCAAGAAAUUUAUGAACAUGAGUAUGAAAUGCAAGCAGUAGGAAGAAAGCCCAGUAAUCCAGAAGAUUCCAUUGCAGCUGGAGAAGUGAUUCUCACUGUUAAUGUCUACUCUCCAAUUAUAUUUGUUAAGCACAGGGAGAACAAACCUCAUCACACCGUGCUUGUGUUGGGUAGUCAGAGACUAACUGAGCUAAGAGAUGCCAUCUCUUGUGUCAGUGACCUUCAGAUUGGUGGAGAAUUCAGCAAUACUCCAGACUUGGCUCCAGAACACAUUAGCAAGGACUUGUACAAGUCAGCCUUUUUCUUCUUUGAAGGAACCUUCUAUAAUGACUUGAGAUAUUCUGAAUGCAGAGAUUUGAGCAGGACCAUCAUUGAAUGGGCAGAAUCCCAUGACAGGGGUUGUGGGAAAUUUCGAACUGCUAAAAUGGAGGACUAUACGUUCAAUGAUAUGUGUAUUAAGGUUGGCUAUCCUUACUUGUAUUGUCACCAGGGUGACUGCGAACAUCUCAUCAUCAUCACAGAUGUCAGGUACAGUCAUGGAUUUUGGAUGCACAAAUAUUCUGGAAGAGUAUCAAUAUUUUCAGAGUGCAGAAGAAUUGUCCAUCAUGAUGAUUGCCUAGAUAAAACUCUGUACCCGUGUGUGAUCAAAAAACACUGGAUGUGGACACGGAAAUGUUCUGUUUGCAAAUUAUUCAUUGUUCGGUGGGUGACCAACAAUGAUAGUUUUGCCCCUGAGGACCCUGCCUUCUUCUGUGACACAUGUUUCAGGAUGCUUCACUAUGAUGCUGAUGGCAAUAAACUGGGAGAAUUUCUUGCAUAUCCCUAUGUUGAUCCAGGAAUAUUUAAUUAAACGCUGUGUCAAAUUAGAAAAGUCUGGUUGGCUACUUAUUUUUUGUUGAGGUUUAAUUGAAAUUGGUGGAAAAUAUUUGGACUGGAUUCACACAAUUGUGUGUGGCACCAACAUUUUCACAAGGAUUACAUUCUUAGAUAUUCCAAACAAUAAUUUUAUGCAAGUACCAAGUUCCAAACUGUCCAAGCUGCUUUAGAACCUGUUUAAUUAAAUUAAGGCGUCUUGUCUAAAGCAGUAGGCUGAAUAAAUUUUUGAAGUUGACCAAACAGAGGUGGUGGCUUAUGGAACAAUGCUGGAGUUAUGCCCUUUUGCUGGUUUCAUAUGUCAAUUAUACUCAGCUUCCCAGACCUCCAUCUUGAGCACUCACAUUCAUUGUCACUCAUUCUUCCAAAGGAUUUUGUUCUAUUCUGAAGGUUGCCUGUUGUGGAAAUUAAUGGGUUAGACAUUGUUCUUUACUUCCAACAUUUGGAUUCGAGGCUAACGCAGAUUGGUUUGAAUGUAAGUCUCUGCUUGCUAACUGUAAAGGGACUUAUUUGAGAUGAAUCUCGAGGAGUCUUUAUUCAGUUUCUGGCAAAUGGUGUCUGUUAAUGUAAAACUUCUAAAUUUGGCAUCACUUGCUAAACUUAGAGAUUAAAAGAUAACUAUUUUACUGAUGAUGUUGGAUAUCUCUUUGAAGGUUGUGCACUGUACUGAUGCAAGGAGUUCCAUCUGUAACUUCAAACCUCAAAUUUUAAGAUGUUUUGAAACAUGUUAGUUUAAACGUGUCUCACUCUCUCACCAGGAAUUAUCAUUUAUUGAUAAAGUAAUCCAAUAAAUGUAAUUUAGGAUUUUGUUAAUCACUGAAAUAAAAGAACAUUGUACUUAGCUAAAUCCUGUGCUAUUUCCACAUGCCCCAAUGGGCAGACUGCAUUAUCCUAAGAAAUAACAUUUGUUAAUGAAUGAUUACUUGUCAUGUUUAUUGUGUUUGCAGUGUUUUCUUCACAUUAACGAAGGUGGUUAUUGGGCUUUAGGGGCCAAAAUAUUUAGCUUAGCUAUAUUUUGUUCCUUUUGCAAAGGAGUUCUUUUUGGAUUAGUGGUUGGAGGCAAGCUUAUCAUAUUGUAUUUGAGUAAAGUGGUGAUCUUUUUCCCACCAGGUCCCCAGUUUUAACUUGAAAAAUUCUCAACCAUUGACUGAGAACUAAGAGUUGUGGUAGACGACACAGGAGACCUGAGAACAAGAGGGGUGGGGGAUCCUUUGUAAAUGGGGACUUCUGUCCGUUGUUCUAACUCAAGUUAGAUCUUUGUGGUGGUUGUUACCCGCAUUGGAGCUUGUAACCCAACUUUAGGGGUCCCCACUCUCACCUUUGGAAGCCCUGUUAUAGGGGCUAGAUAUCAAGGUGCCUGGAGAGAGAUGAUUUUGCACAACUGGACUGAUUAGUCCCAAUGAUAUGUUUACGACUUGUUUUUGUGUUGCUUUGCAAUUUUUUAUUUUGAGUACUCUGACUUGUAUAAAUUGUGAAUCCUGUGACUUUAUUUCCAGUUAUCUUUACAAAUAAAGUGAAUUUUGAAA